GGCGGGGAUAUUUCAUCAGCAACCUCAAGACAUCGCCGCUCUCCUUCCGUCUCUGUCUUCUCACUCUCACAAACGAAACGGCGUAAAAAGGUCCUAAUCUUCUGCGUCUGCUGCGAAAUACUGUGACCACACACCUGCCACUUCCUGCUUUGUGAACUCGAGUGACUCCUGCCGCAGUGAACACACAAACGUCAGAGGACCAACAAUCAAGUACUUGACGUGUUCUUACCCAAUCUGUCCCCAGCAUUUCAGCAGCUUUAAACUAAACUGUGUCACAGGUGUUUGUUUACACUGUCAGUCACACACACAUCGACGAGUAUUUAAAACCUUUAGUCCACUCCUACGCUCAAUCUCAGCCAACAUGGCCAACAAGCUGUCCAGCUUUGGCAAAUCCCUGCUGCGCCGCCGGGCAUUAGACUGUUCCAAUGAGGAGAGCCAAUUUGCUCGCUGCUUGUCCACCCUGGACCUCAUCGCUUUGGGAGUGGGCUCCACGUUGGGCGCCGGCGUCUACGUCCUCGCUGGCGAGGUCGCUCGAGAAAAGGCCGGACCAGCCAUCGUCCUCUGCUUCCUCAUCGCUGCUCUGUCCUCUAUGCUGGCCGGCCUGUGCUACGCUGAAUUUGGCGCCCGCGUCCCCAAGACGGGAUCUGCGUACCUUUACAGUUACGUGACGGUUGGAGAAAUCUGGGCCUUCAUCACAGGAUGGAACCUCAUCCUCUCGUAUGUCAUAGGUACAGCCAGUGUGGCCAGGGCUUGGAGCUCCACCUUUGACAACCUGGUUGGACAGAAGAUAUCCCACUUUUUUAAUGCCUCCAUGGCGAUGAAAGUUCCAGGUGGGGUGCUGGCAGAAUACCCUGACCUGUUCGCUUUAAUCCUGGUCUUACUUCUAACCGGGCUUCUGGCCUUUGGUGUGAGCGAGUCUGCGCUGGUGAACAAAAUCUUUACGGGCAUCAACCUGGUGGUUCUGGGGUUCGUCAUCAUAUCCGGUUUCUUUAAAGGGGACACUGCCAACUGGAACCUUACAAAAGAAGACUACCUAAGCUUCGAGAACUCCACCUCCAACAUCACCAUGUUGGAAAAGAAGUUUGGCACUGGUGGUUUUGCUCCUUUUGGUCUUGCUGGAGUCUUGAGUGGUGCAGCCACCUGCUUCUAUGCCUUUGUAGGCUUUGACUGCAUCGCCACGACAAGUGAAGAGGCAAAGAACCCCAUGCGGUCCAUACCCAUCGGCAUCGUAGCUUCACUGCUUAUCUGUUUCUUCGCCUACUUUGGGGUCUCUGCCGCUCUGACGAUGAUGAUGCCCUACUAUCGGCUGAACCCUGACAGUCCUCUGCCUGAAGCUUUCAGUUUUGUUGGCUGGGCCCCCGCCAAAUACAUUGUGGCCGUGGGUUCUCUCUGUGCUCUGUCCACCAGCCUGCUAGGUUCCAUGUUUCCCAUGCCUCGUGUUAUUUACGCCAUGGCCGAGGACGGACUGCUGUUCCGUUCUCUGUCCAGGAUGAACACUCGCACAAAGACCCCCAUCCUGGCCACCAUUGCUUCUGGUAUUGUUGCAGCUCUGAUGGCUUUUCUGUUCGACCUGGCAGCACUGGUUGAUCUCAUGUCUAUAGGAACUCUGCUGGCGUACUCAUUGGUUGCCAUAUGCGUCCUAAUUCUGCGGUAUCAGCCGGGUAAUCUGAAUUCAUCCAGUCAGAUGGAGAAGCUGGUGGAGAUGGUGGAAGGAGAGAAGGUGGCUGUAAAUGGAGGGGACAGCAGUGAUGAGUAUGGCCCAGAGACGGAGGACAGGCCACUUCAGGAGGCUUUCACUGCCAAGCUGCUUUUCAGUCCAAGUGGAAAAAACCCAACACAGACCUCUGGAACCAUUGUCUACAUCACCACUGCCAUCAUUUUGGUUCUCAUCACUGUGCUCUGCAUUAUUUUGGCGAACUGUUUGAAACAUCUACUCGAAGGCCACGCUGGUGUUGUGGUCCCUUGUGUUAUCUUAGCUGUGCUCUGCAUUGUCUGCAUUAUUAUUAUCUGGAGGCAGCCGGAGAGCAAAGAGGCUCUCACUUUCAAGGUUCCUCUGCUCCCCUGGUUGCCCCUGUUCAGUGUUUUCGUCAACAUCUACCUCAUGAUGCAGCUGGACUUGAGUACAUGGUGCCGCUUCGCUGUCUGGAUGUUAAUCGGUUUUCUCAUCUACUUCUUCUAUGGUAUUAGGAACAGCAGUGAAGCGAACAGGUCAUCCCCACGCAAAUAUGAGCCUGCGCUGCAGAACAAGAAGCCCAUUUACACAGGCGCCCAUGAUGAGAGCGACGUGGAGGCGGGCAGCAGCCCCUGAUGCAGACCGACACAGACCUGAGGGGCGUCGAGGAGCUUCUACACUCAGCUUUGAUCAUCUGCAGUGUAGGUGGCUUGGAACGCUACCCUGAGUUUGAAAGGAGGGGGAGGCAAGGAAACAAACCGCCACACACACAUCUUACCUCUAACUUGGAGGCUGAUUAACUUGACUACUGGGCGCUGUGGUAAAAUCAUUUCCUGGACUUUCCGACUGGUUUUAAUAAGCCCACAGCAGACGUUUACCUGCGUAUAACAUGCUUUGAAUGGACCUGAAACAAUAUACUGAAAUCAUCCUCACGAAGGUGUAUUUCUCCGUUUUGUGAAACUGGAACGCCGUUACUUUUUUUUAUUCAUUUAGUGUUUACUAGUUUACAGAGAGCGGAGCCGCUCGAGACGGAUAAGAACCACGGUGUAAAUCUGUCCGAUCGCCGAGCGAAGCUUCAAACUGGGGUUUAUAAAAGCAGAGUCCAGCAACAAAGUGAUGAAUGAAAAUCAAUCCCCUCGUAGACGUGACUCUGUGAAGUGGACGUGUUUAGUUCAUGUGUCUGCAGUGCUGCAGUCACGCUGCGUAGUUUACAGUCAUUGCAGGUUGCUCUGUAACUUCUGGUCGGUGUUGUUGUUCAAUAUUUAAAUAUGAAGUCCAGACUUGUUGAGGUUUAAAACGCCGUUGCCCGAAAUUCCCCAAGAGCAGCCAUAGGUUAGGUAUACACUUUAAAAAUCGUAGGGGAUUACUAAAAAUAUGCAUAAUUUUCUCUGGUGUUGACAGUUUGUGUGGGUAGACAUUUUGUGGCCUUUAAUUUCAACUUUUACGUUUCAGUAAUUUGAAUAUACAGAUACUGGAAGUUGAGUUUUUAAUAGGGAUGCACGAUAUUAUCGGCGUGUAUCGGUAUCAACUGAUAUUGGCGAUAAAAUUAAAUAUCGGACAUCGGCCAUUCCAUCAAAAAUGGGGGGGGGGGGAAUAAUCGGUAU